GGCAACUAAUCCUGUCAUAUUGAAAGCAAAUUGUAAAUGUUCUCUCCAGAAAUUGUCCGUCCAUUGCAGCUAAUCGAACACAAACACAUGAAUACAGACACGCUCCUGCUGUACCCAAGCCGAAGACCGGCACAGAGACCUACUACAGUGAGCGCGCGCGCAGACACACACACACACACACACACACACACACACACACACACACACACACACCAGCUUGCGGGUUGGCCAGAGCCUUGGAGUCUCAGAUUCCACUAGGAACUCCAGAGGGAUUGGAAUAAGUGUUGCUCUCCCCACACUAAUUACUACUUCCCCAGGCACUUUAGUGAAGAAAUGAAUCCCGCCCAGCUCGCCGGCACAUCCAGGUCUCGGUUCUAUUUUGGUCUCCAGACUUAUCUUCGUGAAGUCCAGAUCAAGGGAGAAAGCAAGGCGGAGGCUGGCUUUGGACUCUAAGCGGUGCGCAGCUCGCGCCUGAGCGGCCGACCCAGAACCCGCGAAGGGCUCCUUGCUCCAGCUAGCCAAAUCGCAGCCAGGGGUGACCACAGGAGCUAAACCAACAGCAGGGGGAAGAAAAGCGGAAGAAUUGUUCAGGAAUCUGAUCUCAUGGAUUACGUCAGAAACUCUAGGGAGUGAACAAUCCUCAGGACAGAAGAGGUUGCAGGUUGUUAGCAACAUGAGAGCAGGGUCUGGAUCUUACCUGUUCAAGAGUGUAUCUCCAGCGCCCAAUGCCUGGCAUAUAGCUUAAAUGUUGAUUUGGCUACUUGGCUACUGAACACAAAAUGAAUAACUCAACAAACUCCUCUAAUAAUGGCCUGGCAAUCACCAGUCCUUAUAAGACAUUUGAAGUGGUUUUUAUUGUCCUUGUGGCUGGAUCCCUCAGCUUGGUGACUAUUAUUGGAAAUAUCCUGGUCAUGGUUUCCAUUAAAGUCAACCGCCACCUCCAGACAGUCAACAACUACUUUUUGUUCAGUUUGGCCUGUGCUGACCUCAUCAUAGGUGUUUUCUCCAUGAACUUGUACACCCUCUACACUGUGAUCGGCUACUGGCCUCUAGGACCUGUGGUGUGUGACCUUUGGCUAGCCUUGGACUAUGUGGUCAGCAAUGCCUCUGUCAUGAAUCUGCUCAUCAUCAGCUUUGACAGGUACUUCUGUGUCACCAAACCUCUGACCUACCCCGUUAAGCGGACCACGAAAAUGGCAGGGAUGAUGAUCGCAGCCGCUUGGGUCCUGUCCUUUAUCCUCUGGGCUCCGGCCAUUCUCUUCUGGCAGUUCAUUGUAGGGGUGAGAACUGUGGAGGAUGGGGAAUGCUACAUUCAGUUUUUCUCCAAUGCUGCUGUCACCUUUGGUACUGCCAUUGCAGCCUUCUAUCUGCCAGUGAUCAUCAUGACUGUGCUGUAUUGGCAUAUAUCCCGAGCCAGCAAGAGCAGGAUAAAGAAGGAGAAGAAGGAGCCCGUGGCCAACCAAGAUCCAGUUUCUCCAAGUCUGGUGCAAGGAAGAAUAGUGAAGCCAAAUAAUAACAACAUGCCCGGCAAUGACGGUGGCCUGGAGCACAACAAAAUCCAGAAUGGCAAGGCCACCAGAGAUGCUGUGACCGAGAACUGCAUCCAGGGGGAAGAGAAAGAGAGCUCCAACGAUUCCACCUCAGUCAGUGCUGUGGCCUCCAAUAUGAGAGAUGAUGAAAUAACCCAGGAUGAAAACACAGUUUCCACUUCCUUGGGCCAUUCCAAAGAUGAGAACUCGAAGCAAACAUGCAUCAAAAUUGUCACCAAGACCCAAAAAGGUGACUCCUGUACGCCAACUAAUACCACCGUGGAGCUAGUUGGGUCUUCUGGUCAGAACGGAGAAGAAAAACAGAACAUUGUAGCCCGUAAGAUUGUGAAGAUGACCAAGCAGCCUGCAAAGAAGAAGCCUCCUCCUUCCCGGGAAAAGAAAGUGACCAGGACAAUCUUGGCUAUCCUGUUGGCUUUCAUCAUCACCUGGGCCCCAUACAAUGUCAUGGUGCUCAUUAACACCUUCUGUGCACCAUGCAUCCCCAACACAGUGUGGACCAUUGGUUAUUGGCUCUGUUACAUCAACAGUACUAUCAACCCCGCCUGCUAUGCACUGUGUAAUGCCACCUUCAAGAAGACCUUUAAACACCUUCUCAUGUGUCAUUACAAGAACAUAGGUGCAACAAGGUAAAACAACUUUGAAAAGAAGGGAAAUGGUCAGGGGAGCUUGGGAAGCAUUAAGAGGAUAAAAGAGCUCCUACUACUAAAUUCUCUGCCCUUGCACUUUAUGGUCUUAUUAUGGAAUGGAAAAUAAGGAGCUCCACAGUGACCCUCUUUUCAUGCCAUAGCUCCAGUUUGGAAAAAAAAAAACUUUCACCUUAUAAACACUGUCAGUUUAGGAGCAACGAGACAAUAAAAGAGACAUGUUGGAAUUGU